AUGGACCAUCAUCUUCCCGUGGCACCGAAUGGAUAUUGGCAGGAUCCGCCGCUCGCAUCACCACAGACAUGGCCAUAUGCUUCCGCCCCUGGACCAAACGCAAUCUAUCCUUCCAACCCGUAUCCCUUGAGUCCUGUCCAUGCAGCGCAUGCCAUGCCAGGGGUCUUCCACCCAUUUGGCCAUCAAAGCCGCUUCACGGAUCCCCACAGUCCUUUGCAAUCAGUCCCAAGCUACUACAUGGGUCAUGACCCGAGGACCUUGUCUAGCACCCAGGCUCAACAGGCACAUCAGGCCGCCAUGUUGCACAAACAGCACGUGUACAAUCCUGCGGCCAAUAAUCAGUCGGGGCACUUGAACGGCAUGGUGCCAACAGCUCCCAACCACCAUGGCUACGUCCACCGCCAGGGACCUCGUUAUGGCAUGCACACACAAGUACAGCCACUUGAUAUGAACAGGAUGCCGACAGCUCCAAACGCGGCGAAUCAACACCACUCCCCAAUAUCCCCGCCACACUUCCAAUCGCCACACGUAGCGAUACCGCCCUCACCACAAGCACCGAGGGGCCCGCCUCGAAAGCCGAAGCGCUCUGGUCAUGCCAUCUGGGUGGGAAACAUUCCCAUGGGGGCUUCUAUCGAGGCGUUGAAAGAUCACUUCUCACGCGACGCGACCAUGGAUAUUGAGAGCGUAUUCCUUAUGGCCAAGUCGAAUUGUGCCUUUGUCAACUACGUGACUGAGGAAGCUUGCUUCGCUGCUGUUGAAAGAUUCAACCACUCCCUCUUCGGCUCUGUUCGGCUCCUAUGUCGCAUCAGGAGAGACGCCUCUUCGAACCGAGAAGGGUCACAGUCAUCGGCAAGCAUGCGUCAAAGUCCCAUGACGACCGAUUCGACAGUUUCCAGUGCUGCGUCUAGCAAUGACAAGCUUGACGAGGUGAGCGACGCCGUCGCCGGCCUUGGCAUCAGUCACGAAGACGACACCAGUACCCCUGACACUUCACCGCUUUCUCAACAACAGCCCGUCUUGGCGAAGACCAAGCCUGAUGAAAGAUACUUCGUGUUGAAGAGUCUGACCAAGGAAGACCUACAAGAGAGUCUCAUGAAAGGCACGUGGGAAACGCAGGCACACAACCAACAGAUCCUCCAUGACGCGUUCUACGAGGCGAGCAACGUCUAUCUCAUCUUUUCAGUCAACAAAUCUGGCGAAUACUUCGGGUACGCGCGUAUGAUCUCGUCGCCUAUGGAUCGUUCUUCCCAGCAGAGCGACAACCCCUUCCAAGACUCUACCUCCAACAAGACUCAAAACAUGAAACGAACGCCUGCCACGGCCACCGCACCACGAGGGCACAUCAUCGACGACCCACCGCGAGGUAUUCUGUUCUGGGAAGCUGAACAUGACAACCGCGCUGGCAUUGUCACGAGCGACGGCACGCGACCUCCUGAUGAUGGAACUUCAAGUCAACAAAGGAGUCGUCCUUUUCAGAUUGAAUGGUUGUCUGUGAGGAGAGUGACGUUUCAAAAGACAAAAGGGAUGAGGAAUACGUGGAAUUCGAACAAGGAGGUUAAGGUUGCGAGGGAUGGGACGGAGUUGGAGACGGAGGUAGGGAGGGGGGUUGUGGGCCUGUUUCAUGAGGGGAAGAGUGGUGGGCCAUGA